AAGCUGCACUGGAGCGAGAAUAGACUUCCUAUCAGUUGUACAUCUCUCUGUUCCGCGCUGUGGGCUGUUCUCUCGCAAGUGCGCCCGGAUUGCCCCGCAACAUAGGCUAUUGCAUGAGUAAAUCUCAGCAGGUUGCUUGCUGAGGAUAAUUAUUAAACAUUGACUUCAGUACAUGGACUGACUCAUUUAUUUUGGAGACUUCGGAAACACAAGAGAAUUGGAGCCGGACGAGACGUAUGAGGAUAAAAUACAGACGUAUAUUUUUAUGCAUGGGCAUUAUGUAUACUUUACCCGCGAAAUAAAUGAUGUUCUUAUUUUUUUGUGCUUUUCUCGUCAGUCCGUUGACCUAUUGGAAAAAUACAUACAUUUCGAAGAAGUGACGGGGUUUCAGAAUGUGUACUCUGUUCUUAACAGUUCUACUCGGAGCGGUCGGAGCUCUAGCCAAUAAGGAGGCCUGUAGCUCAGGUAAGUUCACCACCACUGGGGAGUGCUGCAAGCAGUGCCAGCCCGGGGAGGGAGUCAUCAAGCCAUGUGGAGCAACACAGACUGUCUGUGCCCCAUGCCUCGACAGCGAGACGUUUGCGGAGAACUUAAGCCACACCGAGACGUGCCAGCCGUGCACCCGCUGCAUGGGCCUUCUCCGCAUGCAGACGCCCUGCACCGACUCCAACGAUGCCAUCUGUGUCUGCGACUACGGCUACUACCUCAACGAGCUGUCCAGCCAGUGUCAGAGCUGCACCAAGUGCCCUGAGGGCCAGGGCAUGCUCUACAGCUGUGAACACGACCGCGACACCGUGUGCGAGGAGUGCACCAGAGAUACCUUCUCUGACCAAGAGAGUUCGCGGGAGCCCUGCCUGCCCUGCACCAUCUGCGACGAGGACGACGAGCUGGAGAUCCAGGCCUGCAACUCCAUCAGUGACACUGUUUGCCAAGAUCCGAACCCGCCGCUCUUCUCCUCCAUCUCGCCCCCUCCUCCUGGGGGCUCGUCCCUGCCCUCGUUCACCGACGAUGACAACCUUUUCCCAUACGGCCCCACGGAGACCGCCACCACCACCACCACUACCAGUACAAUCAAGUUCAUAGGUGACGAGCUGAACAAGAACCUCAUCCCCAUUUACUGCUCCAUCUUGGCAGCCGUUGUGGUGGGCCUCGUAGCCUUCAUCAUCUUUAAGAGGUGGAACAGCUGUAAGCAGAACAAGCAGGACGCCAACAACUGCACAGCGAAUCAGAACCAGACUCCAUCGCCGGAGGGGGAGAAGCUGCACAGCGACAGUGGCAUAUCGGUGGAUAGCCAAAGCCUACAGGAGCAGCAAGGCCAGGGGCAGACUCAGGCACAGACAGUGGUCACUGUGGAUGAGGAGCCUUGUCUGCUCCUUCCCCUCCACACGCGAGAAGAGGUCGAGAAACUCCUCUACAGGGGCGGAGAAGGGGAGGGCUACAACCACACGGAGGACAGAGAUUGGUGCAGCCUGGCAGGGCUGCUGGGAUACCAGGAAGAGCGCAUCGCCACAUUCCGGCAGCAGGAACAUCCAGUCCGUGCACUGCUCUCUGAUUGGGCGAGCCAGGAUUGCGCCAGCCUGGACACGCUCUGCACGGCGCUGUGCAAGAUCAACCGCGAAGACAUCGCACAGAGCCUUGUGCUCAGCCCCAACACCGUCAAACCCACUGCCACGUCUGCGGUGUGACCAUUUAACCAUUACCGCCAAUACUACGAAAAUCUCACUGCAACAUCAUAGCCAAACUCACUCCUCCCGCCCCCCCGCCACAGUCCAUCCAUACUGUGACUAUUUAACCGACUACACCAACCAUCUGAGCAAUUACACCAAUGCCAAACCAUUCAGAUCGGCAAACCAAAGUCUGAUCAUCCACACCUGAUGCCAAAACUACUGCUAUCAAUCCGCCAAGACUCAGCCCAGACCUAAAUCGAACAUUUCUGCGAGACUUCGGCAGCCACUGCAUCCCUUACCGCCUUCAUGGUCCUUCAUAACCGUGCUGCAUCGUGUGAAACCUAUUGCUUCCCAUUCCGCUUGUGAACCUAUGUCAAACUCUGGCUAGUGCACUUUCAAGACACACAAACCCAUGAUGGUCAACUGUGGCCUUGUAACCAUACUACUGGAUGUUCAACUGUGUCUUCAGUGUGCCCAAAACAGUCAGGCACCAUUUUGCGCUGCUCUCUCACUAACCCUGAAGUAGCAAAGGUCUACACAACUCUGGGGAUUGCGCUUCAUUUUCAUUUUCUGUGCUUCUCUUUUGACUGAAAUAAUUAUUUUCAUCCAUUCCUCACUUGCAUGAACAUCACUUGGCAUUCAACACGUACAGUAAGCUACUAUUCUUCCUUCAUUUCAUUUUUGUUGUUCUGUACCACCAAAGUCUAGGUUAUCAACCCUACCUAUACCUAUUAUAACAUCUGGACAUUCAAUUGUUUGUCAUUUAUUGGCAAAAUAUUCCAUUAUUUGUGACCAUUUGCUAGUCAAUCAAUGACUGUCGGUCACAGCUGAAUGGUGGUAAUUUCCAGCAGAGAUCAAGGACUGGAAAGAUAUAACGAGCUAGACUACAAAAGGUUAGGCAAGCACUAAAUCCAAACCAAUUCUUAUGUGAAAAAAGCUAUUGCCAUAUCGCCCUGCAUCAUCGCCUCUAUUAUUUUCAACCCCUUGAUAUGGAGAAGCUCAAUGAUUUGAGCCGUUUCCUCCAUAGUACUUUGUACAAUGAAAUAUUAAUGAGAAAUAUCCCGUUUCAAACUUAAGUUAUCGUAUGAAUUAUUAUUAUUUCUUUAGACCUGACAUAGGAACAGUUCCCAGUAUCAAUAUAUAUACUGGAACAAAGUCAGAGCAGUGGACUGGCUGACCUGUGCUGGCUAACAUGGUAGUCUGUGGAGCAGGCAACCUGACUCCAGCUUCUAUCUGGCCAGGAUCAUCUGCAUAACACUGGGGCUCUCACACUAGGCCUAUACUCUGACCUAGAUAGGAAAGGACUAGGAAUUUAAAACUCACUCACACAUAUAGGCCUAUCUACACACCCAAGCAUCCAUGAAUGCACACACACGCGCACACACACACACACACACACACAGACACACAUACAAACAUAAAUAUAUAUCUACACACACAAACAUGCACACGUACACAAACACACAAAUGCAUGCAUGCAUGCCAGUAUCCACACACAUGUAUGCAUACACAUACUGUAUAAGAGAAAAUAGCCUACUGUUCACUCAAGUGCUGUGUCAAUCAAGUGUUGUGUCAAUGAUAAGCGACAACAGGACCAAGGCCAUUGGACAUGAACAUACACCCUUUCAGGGACCACACGCAGGACACCUUAUUGGACAUGAUGGACGUAGGCCAACUUGUUGGGUCAAUGAAAGAGAUUGCAGUCGCUUACACCACAACUGUCUUUCAAAACAUCUUGCUUAGAAUCUGUAUAAAUCAUGUAAUCCUUUCCCGUGAGGUCAUCCACUGCUUUAUUAGCAAGAGGAACAGCAUGUACAAUCUAGCGAGUCAUAUAACCGAUACACAUCAUAUUCAAAAUACACAUACAAGUACUGUACAUAAAAUAACUUACGACUGAACAACUAGCCAUUAUUCAGGCUAAGAUAUACAAAUAAUCCAGGGUUAUCUGUUUCUGUUUAGUUUCUCAGGGUCUUUUGUGUGACUUGGUGAUUAGCUGGAUGUUUGUCUGACGUCGUUUCCUUUUCCCAAUCAAAGCUCAGACAACCUGGAUUAGUUGUGUAUAGGUUGAGGGAGGUUAGAGGCCUUGUCGAGGGAUUCAACACUAGCUAGUGUUUCAGGAAAGGCCCUUUGUAGAACUUACUCAGGCAAUGGUAUCAGUGGCAUUCCGUGGUUGUCUUUCUAUGCAGUCGCGCUGCUCGGGAGGAUCAGAUCUCACAUUGCCUGGAAAAGUGUUUAAACGUCUAAAGUAGCGGGGGACCAUAUUCAUAUGAUAUCUAGUAGGUGACUGCCAAAAAAGACGACCCGGCGGCCAUUGUGACUGACAAUCCUUCAGACGGGAAGCAUAGGGAUGGACGCAGAUCAGAGGAAAAACAGGGGGUUUCUAGUUUCCCCGUUGUUCACGACAACAACCUUCGAAUGAAAGGCUAGUCAUUAGAGAUUGGAGACGAGCAAUACGGGAGGAAUUCCAACCACUGAGAGUUGAACAGAUGAAAAGAAGCACUCCAAUUAGACGUUUUGGUAACGAGUUACUUAAAGCUGCCGGGUAUAAUGCAUUAAGACGUGGUUAUAAUGCAUUGUAAAAAUUGUUAUAGGCAUUUAUGACCCACUUAUAAUGUCUUAUUGUCAUGCCAUAGUACCUACAUAUUAUAAGCCUCAUAGUAUGCUUAUAACAAGUAAUAAAGCACUAUACGUGUUAGCUCAAGGUAAAACGUUAGCACAUCGGUGCAAUCGGUGCAUUCAUAAAGCCUUCGUAAAUGCUUCAAAAUGUGUCAUAGGCAUGCAUAACCAUUACAGGCAGCUAAGAAUUAAGAACUGAGGGGGAUGUUCCCUUAUUUAUUUUGUGCUUUGUGGGGUCAUAUGUUUUAGCUUAUUUGAGGAUUAAAAUGCCAAUGCAUGCUUGUAAACAAAUGUAAUUGCAGCAUAAUACAGCCUAAAGUGAAACGUAUCCCCAUUUAUUCUCAUUGUCAACUUGAUUUUUUCAACAACAAAAAAUCAAUUUCACAUUGGGAAACUUUUUUUUGGGGGGGGGGGGGGUUGAAUGACAGGAGUUCCGAGGAAGUAACAGUGGUCGCUGGCUUUCUGUCCGUCAUUUAAUGCAAAGAGAUCUGUUAGGACUGUCCUGUUCAAUUCUGGCAUUACUGACAUAUAGGUAGGUUCAAAGAGAGCGAAGACAAUAUUAAUGCUUUGCUGUAUUAUAACCAGUUUAUGUCACAGAGUUGAUCCAUGUCUGGUUUAGCUUAUAUAUAUAUAUACUCCAAUUAUAUAUAUAUACACAUACUGAGUGAACAGAACAUUAGGAAAACCUUCCUAAUAUUGAGUUGCACCCCCCUUUGCCCUCAGAAACAGCCACAAUUCAUGAGGGUAUGGACUCUACAAGGUGUCGAAAGCGUUCCACAGGGAUGCUGGCCAAUGUUGACUCUCAAUGAUUCCCACAGUUGUCAAGUUGGCUGGAUGUCCUUUGGGUGGUGGACCAUUCUUGAUACACACGGGAAACUGUUGAACGUGAAAAACCCAGCCACGUUGCAGUUCUUGACACACUCAAACUGGUCCGCCUGGCACCUACUACCAUACCCCUGUCAAAGACACUUAAAUCUUUUGUCUUGCCCAUUCACCCACUGAAUGGCACACCUACACAAUCCAUGUCUCAAUUGUCUCAAGGCUUAAAAACCCUUCUUUUACCUCACUCCUCCCCUCCAUCUACACUGAUAACAAGUGACAUCAAUAAGGGAUCAUAGCUUUCACCUGGAUUCACCUGGUCAGUCAAUGUCAUGGAAAGAGCAGGUAUUUUUUAUGUUUUGUAUUCUCAGUGUAUAUACUGAAUGUGUACAAGUAGGUUAGGUAAGGGAUGAACUUAAAUGGACUGUUACCUUGAAUGCGACACUACGAUGUAAAAGCUAUUCAACUCCAAUUAAACUCUGUCUAUGAGAUUUCCUGACAUAUUUGUACUCUCUCUCUCACUGCAGUGGUUCUCAGGAGACGGGCCAGUUUGUGUGUGUAGAACAUAUGUCAGACAAGGUGGAGUCUGGUGUCUAAUGUUUUGUACACCCAGUGUAUAGCCAUGACUGUAACAACAAAGUUGGUUUCCCCUACAGACACGGACGAGGAAUGUGCUAAUAUGAUAUGAAAACUGAACUGAGGACAGAAUUGUUUCCCCCUAAACAGUAUUCACUUAAUUUCUUUAUUUUUAAGAGAGGACAGUUGCAGGCCAUACGUUUUGUAUAGUUGUGAAGCAGCACACCUAGUAAGUACAAUAAAAUACCAAUGAAGGCUUUAUAUUCAACUUAACCUCGCACUUGGCAGCAUACUGUUUGGUCAGAGGAAGAGGGGGAGUUUGACAGUGAAGGGAUUGUUGAAAAUAUAUGGAGGACAAUGGAAAUUGAUGGAGACGUAUUACCAAGCCCUGAUGAUGUGGUCCAUAGUGAAACAAGACUGAUUCUUAAUGCGCCAAGAUGUACAGAAGUGAGAAAUACUGAAUGUUCCUUGUAUUUACUAAUAUGUACACUGUAUUAUACAAAUGUGAAUUUGCUAUAUAAACAGUACAAUCCACAGAAUAAUAAACUCCUUAAAUCAACAUAA